AUGAAUGCGUCCAGUCGGUACUCAAGACCACCAAACGAAUGCAGUUCAAACAAUACAAAUCAAAUGGGUGUUAUAGAAUAUUUAUACACUAAAGGAGCAAAAUUACAUCAACGCGAUGAAGAGGGCAGAACAAGUUUGCACCAUGCUGUUCUGAGACGAUCGUGUCUUGAAAAUGCAAAACAAUUGAUUACGUUAAUAAAAGAUCAUGAACGUAGAAAUGAUGUGAUGGCAAGUGGAAAAAAGAAAAAGAUAUUAAAUGAACAAGAAGAAUCGUUAAUUAAUGCACGAGAUGCUCAAAAUGGAACAUCACUUCAUUUCGUAUGCCGUUUUGUUGAUACUGAUGCACAAAAUAAUGUCUCAGAAAAUAUUGUACAGUUACUUAUUGAUAGUGGAGCACAGGUAGAUGCUGUAGAUAAAAAUUAUUGUACCCCGUUACAUUAUUGUUUACAACAACAACUAAAUAAUUCAAUAAAUAUGAAAUCAGCAACAGUUCAAGAAUAUAUUGAAAUGCAAGAUAAAAAUAACAAUACUGCAUUAUGUUUAGCAGCUGAACAUGGUUGUGAAGAAACUGUUAAAAUUCUAUUGAAAAACAAAGCUCAACGUAACGCACGAGGAAAAGAAUUUUAUCAACCAAUACAUUUAGCAGCAAAAUCCGGUAAUGUCAGAGUAUUAGAAAUUUUAUUAGAUGAUGCAUCAAUGAAUGUUCAGAAGUUAUCAGUAAAAUCAAAUAAAGAAACACCAUUACAUGUUGCGUGUCAAUAUAAUCGUACGGGUGCUGUACAACAUUUAAUACAAUCACUUACACAGAAUAAAACAAGAAUUUCAGAUCAUAUUGAACACGCUGACAAUAAAGAUUACACGCCUCUAUUAACAGCUGCCUAUUAUGAUCAUUUUGAUUGUGUUAAAACAUUAGUUAAAAAUGGUGCUAUUAUGACCGAUGUUAAGGAUGAUGGAGAAAGAAAUAUAUUACAAAUAUGUGCUAAACGACUAAGUAUAAAUGUUUUAAAAGAAAUUUUGGUUCAACUCCCUGAAAGAAAACUACAUGAGAUGGUCAAGAAUUGUGAUAAAUUUGGUAAUAAUCCGUUGCAUUCAACUGGUCGAGCCAAUAAUAGUCACAUACAUUCGCCUGAUAUUGACAAAAAAGAAGUAGAAAUAUGUCAAUUAUUAUUAAAUACAUUCAUGAGUAAGCAACAAUCAUCUACAAUAGAGUCAGAAAGAGAUACCGCUUCAGCAUUUGUUAAACAUUCAACUGAAAUGAUAACGAAAAGAAAUAACGAUUACCGAACACUAUUAUAUGAAGCAUGUUUAAGAGGAAAAGUGGCAUUUAUACAAUAUUUAGUAGAAAAAAUUAUAACAAAAGAGCGACACAGUUUAUUAGAAGUUGUUGAUGAUGAGUUGAAAACCGCCUUACAUAUUGCUGCUGAUGUUGGUCAAGUUGAAAUUGUCAAACUGUUAAUUGAAUAUGGUGCAAAUAUUGAAGCACGAGAUAUGAAUGAUUCAACGCCAUUAUACGAAGCUUGUUCUAGAAAUCAAUAUCGUUGUGCUAAAUUAUUAAUUAAAAAUCAUGUACCAUUAGAUGAUAUUGAUGAAAAAGGUUGUACACCACUUCAUCUGGCAAAAUUUAUUUCACAUACAUCAUGGAUGAAAUCAAUGAAAAAUGCUCAAUUGAAAACAUUUGUCACCGAUCGUGAAAUAGAAACAGAUACACCAUUGCGAAAAUCAAUUCGUUUAAUGCCAGUAAAAGCUGAAGAAGUUUUGAAGCGUUGUAUAACAAGAUUGGGAAAUGAAGAAACAACAGAUUAUACAGUACGUUAUAAUUAUGAAUUAUUGGAAGAUCAAUUUGCCGGUUGGGUAUCAGGUAAUGAGAAGAAAAAAGGUAGUUCUGUUGAAAAAAGACCAUCAAAAAGUUGGCGUUUGUGGAUUAAUAAUUGUCUAAUGAGACGGCCUAAUUCCAUUUCAGUUGAACAAUCAGCUGAUCAACAAUCGACAACAUCAUUAUGGUCAUCAGAUGAACACAAACGUAACGUACUACAACAUAAUCAUCCAUUAUAUAUAAUGGCCAUUAGUGAAUGUGAAGAUUUAAUUAAAAGUGAAUUAGUUGAUCGUUUAAUACAACGUAAAUGGUCACAAUUUACGCGUUUGGUAUUCAUAAUAACAUUAACAUUUUAUUUAUGGUUUUUGGCUUGUUUUACGACCACAAUAUUAAAUGUAAAACAUUCCCAAUACUAUUAUUUUCUGCUCAAUUAUAACGUAACUGAUACAACAUGUGAAACUAUAGCGAAUCUAUUACAAAAUUCACAACAAAAUCCGUCUGCUGAUGGUUUAAAACAGCCAUCAGAUUAUGUUUUAAAAUAUAUGUUAUUAGGUCUGAUUGCAUUUCAUCUAUUCAAAUAUCUCUAUUUAAUUGUUCAACAUUGGCAAUAUGUACUUUUCAAAAUCAGUCUUUUAGAAUUAACAUCAUUAGCUUUGUGUUUGUACUAUUCACAAGAUUGGUAUUCAUGGCAAAUGAGUGUUAAACUAAGAUGUCCAGAACAAUGGUCAGUUGGUUUUGCUGUUGGUGAAAUUGAACCAAUGAUGAGUCGUGCAAAAUUUAAACGUAGUCAAUUAAGAAUUAUAUUAAUAAGUGAAUAUGAAGUUAUUAUGCCCUUGAAAUUAUUACAAUAUUUUGCGAAAAAAAAUAAAAAUGAAGUUGUACUACCACAUAAAACAAAAUGGUAUAACAAACCAUUUGAUGCAAUGAAACGAUUUUUUGAGGGUAAUAAAAAAAAAGAAUUCUGCGAUGAACAAACAACAAAUGAUUCUAAUCGAGAACAAUUAGAUAAUAUUGCGCUUGAUCAAGAAAAAACCAAAGAAGAUAUUCAGAAAAUACAAAAUGGUAUUAAAGAUAUACAAGUAUAUAUGAAACAAAUGAAUGAACAAAUAUGCUCGAAAUUUGAUAAGUUAAUUAAUGCAAAGAUGUCUUAA